AUGUCUAUUGUUAAGGAAUUGGGAGAAAUAACUGUCCCUGGUAUUAAAGAUGGAUACCACAUUUCUGUCGACAAUUUCGGGAACCUAGCAGUAAGUGAUGGAUAUGGGCACCUAGCACAAUUGGAUUCAACAGGAUAUUUGAUUCAGAUGAUUUCAACUUCCGGCGUGAGUGAGGGUUACCACACAGUAACUAAAGAUGGUAAUUUAUUGUUCGUAGAUAAACCAAACCAUACAAUCAAUAUGGCGGACAACACAAGACAAGGGGCACGACUCAUCACAUCCGGAAAAUGGCUACAGUAUAUGGAAACAGGUGCUUGGAAACCGUUCAGUAUUUAUUCUUCCGAACUCAAUGGAGACCUUCUGGUGGGUAUGAGUAAAUUUGGAGAGGUUAGGGUCACGAGGUAUGAUAACACAGGAAGACAAAUCCUUCAGAAUAUAGAGAGAGAUUGUAAUGGGGAGAACUUAUUCCAACUACCUCACUACCUCACUGAAAACGUCAAUGGAGAUGUCUGCGUUUCAGAUUAUGAUAAAAGCGCAGUCAUUAUUGUGAACAGGCAGGGUGACCUUCGGUUCACCUACAAAGGUCAUAGGUCAAGUUCUGAGUUCCACCCUUACGGAAUAUGUGUUGAUUCCGACGGACACAUCCUUGUUUGUGACAUGGAGAAUGACUCUGUCCACUGCCUUGACCAGGACGGACAUUUCCUCAGUUUUGUUCUAACAUCAGAGCAUGGAAUUAGCGGCCCAAGUGGUUUAACAAUAGAUAACCAAUCGGUUCUUUAUUUGACACAGUAUAACACUAACAAAGUCAAGAUGUACAAGUUCAAUUUAGAUGUACAGGUUCAAUUUAGAUGUACAGGUUCAAUGUAG